CCAGUAACAUGAGUAAAGGGAGCUCGGCAAAUGGAUAAUUGCUGCGACGAGCUUGGCACCUGCUUUAAAAACGCAGAAGACGCGACAUCCCAAGAAAACAGAAUGAAUGAUAGUCAAUUCGUAAAAAAAUUGUCAGACGUCUUUGAUUUUUUCUUAGAUAUACAGAAACCAAUAGCUGACGAUACAUGCCUGCAAAGACUCCUGGAUAUCUUAAAGGAAAAAUUUUCAGAUACAGAGUGCAAAAGAGGAAGUCAGUUUAUUAAAAAGGCAUGUGAGAAAAUUGACAAUUUGGAGUCAAGCAUUGUGACAUUUGCUCUCCAGCUCGCAGGACAGGAAGCACAGAAAGAAGGUUUAAUUGUUUCCCGGCAUCUGUACGAAACUAUCAGUAACAAAGGUCUAUGGAAGGACAUAUCUAUUGGAACAUCCUACUUCGAUAGCUUGAGCCAAGUAGCAGGGACCUCAAACGGUUGGACAUGGCUGACAGAAGAGAAAGAUUAUGUAGAACAGGCAGUCCAGUCUUUACAAGAAGACACAAGUCUGUUUCUACACUCCUCAGCUAGGAAACUGAUCACCAUGUUAUUAAAGGCACAGAAUCAGUUAAAAAUGGAUGCAGAGGAAAGAAAACCAGGAUGCCAAGUAGCAAUAUGCCACCUCCUGUCUGAAGACAUUCACAGAGAGUUACGACAGGCAGCAGAUUCACCAGACAGACCAUUGACUUUGUACCUUGAGAACCUCCUGUCUAUUCUGGUCUCCAGUGAAGGUCUAUUACAAGAAAUCUAUGAUGAGGAAGUUGUGCACAAUAUGCUGCGUAUCUGCCUUGGAAGACGAUCAGGAUCUAGUUCUCUUUGUGGAGAGGCACUCAUGAAAUGCCUCUGUUUAUGUCAGCAAAGAGGAAAUGACAGACUUGAUGAUUUCAUGAAGAGGUUUUUAGAUCACAGUAUUGAUGGCUUAAAGCAGGGAAAUGUCUGCAAGUAUCACAAGCUAGCUGUCAAAAUCCACCAAAGUUUCAAGGAGCUGGCUGUGUGUGGUGAGCUGCAGGAGAAAGUGUUGUUGCCCUACAGCAUCAUGCUGGGGGAACCACCCCUGCCUGUGGACAGCAGCCUGCUCCAGGCAUGUAGACAAGCCAUGAUGAACAAGGCAAAGUGUAUACAGCUGCUCCUCCACACCACCGACUGUCUGCCACUGAAGGACGGAGACCUGCAGAUGAUGCUGCAGUUACUGGAGCUGACACAUCUGAGAGUGGAUGUGCCUGUGGCAGAUCAUCUGUCCAAUGACAUCAGACAGAAUGUUGUGGAUAACAAACGUCUGCAGCUCAGUCUACUGGACAAAAUCCACUGCAAUAUUGGAAGCUCUGUUCCUGUUGCCAUAAUAACUAAAGCCCUUGAUGUCAUCAUGGAGAUUGCAAGUGGAACAUUCACUGACAACACGUUACAACAAAACGGCUUCGACUGUGUAUUGUCUCUACUGAGGUUAUUGGCAACUGCACCAAAUGGAAGUGAACACCUGACCAGUUAUUUCCCCUUAGUUGUGCGUCAGCUGGACAGGCAUCUUGUGAGCACUCAGUGGGAGAACAGAGACACUGCUGUUGAAGCCGUUAUCAAACUUGCCAGCCUACACAAUAUUCCUGCUGCUGGGGCUCUUCUGUCAUCCAGCCACAUCUUGGGGUCGGCCUGGCAGUGUGUGUCAGACAGCGACAGCUACGUCCGAGCCAGCGCCAUCAGGCUUAUUGCCACAGUUGUCAUGGCGCCUCAGCUCUGUGAUGCCUUCUUGUCUCAGCUCAAACAAACAGAGGCGGACAUUGUUCACAAGUUAACGGAGAUCAUAAAGACAGACAGUGAAGCCUUCCCCCGCAGGGCUGCUGUUUCAAGCCUACAAGCCAUUCACUCUAGCAGAGGUAUACCUGAACCAGUUGUCAGGGAAAUAUUCUCAUCUAUGGUCCAAGCAAUGGCAGACUUUGACUGGGAAGUGAAGGCAAAUACUCUAGAUUUCUGGCAAUGUGUCUGUGAUCAGAAGAUAAAGAGUCUUCCUUCAGAUGUUCCUGAUUAUGUUGUCAAUCUUUUACCAAGUGGCACAAAGAGAAAGCUUGAUAAUGGCAGCACAUUGACACAUGAUCUCUUUGUGCUGAGUCAGACAGGUUUUUGUGAAGCCAUCAUGUCAGGUACUGAGGACUAUGACAACCAUGUUCAGGAAAAAUCUUACAAAAUACUGAAGAAUCUUAAAGGAAAAAUCAAUGAUGAUGUUGAUGAAAAUAAGCUCAAGAAAUUGAAAGUUGAAAAUGGUGAUGAAACCAAUGGCAGCCAUCCUGUUAAUUCUGAACCAGAAUUAAGUACAGCUAGGCUGACAACUGUUCUUCAACUCUUAAGAGACACUGACAUUGAACUAAAGUUGUCUGUAUUGUCGGGCAGUGCUGAUGAGUACAGCAAAAACCCUCUUGCUCUUCUGGAGGACAUUUUGUCUGAAGACAAGGACAUUGAAGAUGACAAAUUUGUUGACUGUUACUGAAGCAAAAACUGUAAAUAGUUUUGUUAUUUGUAAAUAACAUUUUCUCUAAUUUUAGGAA